AUGCAGACUAUGACUUUUGCAAUCACAGAAAUCAACCAGCGCAGUGAUCUGCUGCCACAUCUCAAGCUGGGUUUCCACAUCCGUGACAGCUGUGAUGACAUACCUGUUUCUCUGAGAGCAGCAUUGCUGUUGGUGAACGGACAGCCUGAGAUAGGCACCAGUGUUGAGAACAAUCAGGAGAAAAACAAUAGUUAUAAUUUAGGCUGUGCAGCCAUACAAAGCACUGUGUCCCCUGUAAUCAUAGGAGAUGCUGCUUCAGGCGUGUCUAUGGCUCUGCUAAGAAGCCUGGGUUCUUUCCACAUCCCCCUGGUGAGCUAUUUUGCAUCCUGCAGCUGUCUGAGUAACCAAAAGGAGUUCCCCACAUUCAUGCGCAGCAUGCCCAGUGACGCCUUCCAGAUCAGAGCUCUGGCCCGGCUGGUUAGUUAUUUUGGCUGGACUUGGGUUGGAGUCAUUGGUGUUGAAUCUGAUUAUGCUCGCUUUGCCAUCCAGCUCUUCCUGCAGGAGUCGGUGCAGUACGGUGUGUGUGCUGCCUACACUCACUUUUACCCUGUAGUCCUGAGUCAGCAGGCCCUAGAUGAGCUUCUUGAUGUUAUUCAGAUGUCAUCUUCAAAGGUCAUAAUUAACUUCUCUGGUGAGUCAGAGAUGAAAGGCAUUCUCAGACAGGUCAGACGUCGGAAUAUAACCGGCCUGCAGUGGAUCGCCAGUGAGGCUUGGGCCACUGCCAAAUCACUCUGGGAAACGUUUGGAGAUCUGCUGGCUGGAACACUAGGAUUUGCCAUCCAGAGAGCUGAUGUGAUUCCAGGGCUGAAAGAACACCUGGCUGGUCUCAACUACCAGGACAGAUUGCCAUGUAAAGGGACGGAGGACUUAAAUGAUGUCUACUCUUCCUAUUCUGAUGUGACACAGUUACGAGUGUCCUAUAACGUUUACAAGGCUGUGUAUGUGGUGGCCCACGCCUUGCAAGAUAUGAGUAACUGUGUAGUUGGACAGGGGCCUUUCCUGAACGGCAGCUGUGCAGACCCAAAGAAUGUUAAACCUUGGCAGCUAGUCCACUACAUGAAGGGUGCUAAUUUUUCUGCACUUGGAGAGAGAGUCAGCUUUGAUCAAAACGGUGACCCCAUUGCUUAUUAUGACCUCAUGAACUGGCAAAGGAUGCCUGACGGCUCACUACAUUUGGUAAAAGUGGGUUUCUAUGACGCCUCUUCUCCUUCUGGACGCAGCCUGGUCAUAAAUGACUCAGUGAUUCAGUGGCCUGCUUCCCGGUCUGUAUGCAGCGACAGUUGUCCUCAAGGUUCCCGUGUCACCAGGAGAAAGGGAGAACCUAUCUGCUGUUUUGACUGUGUCCCCUGUGCUGAGGGAGAAGUUAGUAAUACAACUGAUUCUUUAGACUGCUCUCGCUGCUCAGAGGACACAUGGCCCAAUAAAGCCAGAGAUCUCUGCAUCCCAAAGACUAUAGAGUUCCUGUCUUACCAUGAGUUAAUGGGAAUUGUUUUGUGUGUUGUAUCUGUCCUCGGAGCGUGUAUUUCCCUCUCCAUCCUAGUAAUAUUCUUCACACACAAAGACACACCACUGGUUCGGGCCAACAACAUGGAACUGAGCUUCCUUCUUUUAGUGUUUCUGGCGGUCUGUUUCCUUGUUGGCCUGUUGUUUAUUGGUGAGCCUUCAGACUGGCUUUGCCGUAUCAGGUAUCCGGCAUUUGGGAUCAGUUUUGCCCUCUGCAUUUCAUGCCUCCUGGCCAAGACAGCUGUGGUCCUAAUGGCUUUCAGGUCCACUCUGCCAGGAAGUCGUGUCAUGAAGUGGUUUGGACCCAACCAGCAGAGAGCCAGUGUACUUUUUGGAACAGCUGUUCAGGUGAUAAUCUGUGUUGUGUGGUUGCUCACCAGUCCACCUCAUGCCAACAACAACACAGAUUACAGUUCCACCAUCAUCAUUGAAUGUGUUACUGGUUCAGAAGCUGGUUUCUGGUGUGUUCUUGGAUACAUCGGCAUCUUGGCCUGCAUGUGCUUCUUAAUGGCAUUUUUGGCUCGGAAGCUGCCUGAUAAUUUUAAUGAGGCAAAGUUCAUCACCUUCAGCAUGCUGAUAUUCUUUGCAGUAUGGGUCACUUUUAUUCCAGUAUAUGUGAGCACAGCAGGGAAAUACACAGUGGCUGUCCAUAUUUUUGCUAUUUUAGCCUCAGCUUUUGGUCUCCUUUUUUGUAUUUUUGUUCCAAAGUGCUAUAUCAUAAUUGUGAAACCAGAAAAAAACAGCAAGAAAAACAUGAUGCAAAGAUGAAAAUGGCAGGAUAUCUCAUGCUGCUCUUGCUGAAAGAUUUGCAUUUAUAUUACAAACAUUUCAGUGACAUGUACUGUAUAUCUCUGUGUUGCUUGAAAAUACAAUAAAGCAAACCU